CUUAACGGUCUCGGGUUCCCGCCGAGGGACGGGGGACACCGUCUCCAGUGUGGGGGUUUUUUCCGUUUGUCUCACAGCGGCAAAAGACGAAUCCAGGAGCCGUCACCCUCGACGCCCCCGCCGGCGUGUAGCUCUCCGUGACAAAAUGACACCGGCCAGGCAGAUUUGACAAAGCGACAUACUGGGCCGGAGGAUUCCGACGGGUCCGGUCUGACGCUGGCCGCCGACACACACCUGGCCGCCGUCCGCACGUCUGUUGUCCGGGUCUGCGUUUCUCAUCCAGCCCCGAGCCCUCUCCUCUCUGUGGGAGCUCCGGGUGCCUUCGCGGUCGCCUCGUAAACUCCAACUUUUGCAGUCCGCAAAGGCAGCGCGCUAUCGCAGCAUCGCCGGACCUCUUCAGGUGUCUCUGCCGGGCGGCUGCACAGCGGAGCCAAUGGGGGAGUGACAACGGGGCGGCAUGGCGGACCGAGAGAAAAGGAAAGCCAGCCCGCCUUCUGGCCGCAGCGUCCAGGUGAACUCCCCGGCCAGCUUCAGGUUGACCCAUGACAUCAGCCUGGACGAGUUCGAAGAUGACGACCUGUCGGAGAUUACAGAGAUCACAGACGAGUGCGGGAUGAGUCUCAACUGUAAUGGCCUGGAUAUAAAGGGCCAUGUGAGGCGAGGAACCAAUAGCAUGUCAGGGAGGGCAGAGCUGGGCGCCGUCGGCCAGCUUCAGGCAGAGAUGCUGCAUUUGGACCUUAUAGACGGUGCUGACGGUUACCGCGGUGACAUAGAGUCCUCGAAGGCAUCCGCCAUCGCACCCCCGCCAGCCAUCAAAGACCCUGCAGCACCUGUUACCAUGGAUACAUACCGGCCCAAGAGACCCACGACCCUUAACCUCUUCCCAAUUGUGCCGCGCACACAGGACACAUUAAACAACAACUCGUUUGGGAAGAAAUACAGCUGGCAGGAGAAAGUUUCCGGCUCGUCCUCGCCUCUUAAAACAGGUGAGCUCACCCCUCCACGAGAGCACAGCUGCCUGAGCGACGAGGACAAGGUGCAGGGUGGGGGAGCACAGACCAAAGACCGCGGGACAUCCACCGACGCCCCCUGCAAACACAGCCACACCUCUGGACACUCGCACGGCUCAUCUACAGCAGCCGUGACACGCUCCAAGCUUCAGGAGAAGCCGCCCGCACCCCCGCCACCGCAGAACUACACACCAGCUCCUCUAUAUCCAGCGGGGAAAGCAGAUGGAGGUGGUCACCACCGGGAGAGGAUCCGAUAUCACACGGACGUUCAUCUAGAGCCCACAGAGGAGAUCUAUCUGACUCCUGUGCAGCGCUCCUCCGACCCCCUAGAACCCCAAAACGUGCAGGACCGGCCUUUCCUCUCACAGCAGACUGAGCAGGGCCGCAUGUCCAUCAGCUCUGACACUGAGGGCCCGCCUCCUUACCAGCCCCUCCCUGAUCGGACAAACCCCUCCAUCUAUGAGGAGGACGAGGUCUACGUCCCCCCACCUUCAUAUGCUUCCUGUGUAGAGUCCCUCAUCACGCCACCCAGCAUGGCUCUCUCGGCCCGCUCCUCCCUCGCACUGGACCUCAGCCUGAAGGGGGCAGGAACGGGGGCUGGGGCUGCGCUUAGAGCUGGGUCAUCGGUGGAAUACGUGGAUGCUACAGACGAAAGCUACUGUGGAGAGGAUGAGGAUGUGGACAGGAUAAUAAUGGAUGGAAGGAUGAGGAAGGGGGGAGGACAGGGGGAUGGCGGCGGCGGCGGCGGCGGCAGAGCUGCCCCGGUAAGGACGUCCAUGAGCUCAGAGGCCAGCGGCCUUUCGUAUGACUCGGUCAAAUACACGCUGGUGGUGGAUGAGCACGCUCAGCUCGAACUGGUCAGUCUCCGGCAGUGUUACCAAGGCUACAGUGACGACAGUGACUCGGCCACUGUCUAUGACAACUGCGUCUCUUCUCCCUACGAGUCGGCCAUCGGGGAGGAUUACGAGGAGGAAGAUGAGGAGGAGGAGGAGAACCGGGCUCGGAUAGGAGGAGUGAGGAGAGAGGCCACAGCUUGUCUGUCUGAAGACUCCACUCCAGAAGCAGACUUGCACUUCUCCAAGAAGUUCCUCAAUGUCUUCAUGAACGGACGCUCUCGCUCCUCUAGUGCAGAGUCCUUUGGCUUAUACUCAUGUGUCAUAAACGGAGAGGAGAGGGACCAGAGCCACAGAGCCGUCUACAGGUUUGUCCCUCGACAUGACGACGAGUUGGAGCUGGACGUGGACGAUCCGUUGCUGGUGGAGGUCCAGGCGGAGGAUUACUGGUAUGAGGGCUACAAUAUGCGAACCGGUGCCCGUGGCAUCUUCCCCGCUUACUACGCCAUAGAAGUGACCAGGGACACCGAGAGCUACAAAGUGAAGAGCAGCGAAUGGAUGGACAGAUACCGGCUGAAGUUCCUGGGCUCAGUCCAAGUGCCCUACCACAAAGGAAAUGAUGUUCUCUGUGCCGCUAUGCAGAAGAUUGCCACCAACAGAAGGAUGACAGUCAAGUACAACCCGCCUUCCUCCUGCAUCCUGGAGAUCAGUGUGAAAGGCAUCAAGCUUGCAGUUCAAGAGGAUUAUUAUGCCUGUGACAGAAGUAAUGAGUGCAGUCACUUCUUCCAGUUAAAGAACAUUUCCUUCUGCGGCUAUCACCCGAAAAACAGCAAGUAUUUUGGUUUCAUUACGAAACACCCAGCAGACCAGAGAUUUGCCUGCCAUGUGUUUGUGUCUGAAAACUCCACUAAACCUCUUGCGGAGUCAGUAGGGAAAGCCUUCCAGUUGUACUAUAAAGAGUUUGUGGAGUUCUCGUGCCCGACAGAGGACAUCUACCUGGAAUAGCACUGCCCUGCCUUCAGUCACAGCACUGUACAGUACACUGUAUCAUAACAUAACGUUGCAUGAAGGACAGACAUAUCUAAAUUAAAUUAAAUAAAAAUUAACACAUCUGACAAACAAGCAGGAAAAGAGGGAUCGAGUAUUGGAACAGCGGUGAAACCUUUGUGCGACAAGAGGAGAUGAAAAUGUGCCAAAGGUGAUGUGUAUUGAGAAAAGAACAUAUGCAAAAUGUAGUCAGUGAUGAGGAAGUGAUCACAGGCUGUCAACGGAAAGCACAAACAUUGUAUCACCACAGCCUUGGCAGCACUAGUGAGCCUGUAGCAUCGUCUCAGCAGGUGCAACACUGAAAGCCCAGGAGCAAUACUGGGCUGCACUACCUUGUACUUGUGCUCGACAAAAGACAAACAGUGGCUGACUUUUGGAAAAAUAAACACAUGACGAAUUUGCUUUGACUUCAAAUAUUUAUGGUCUGAGCAUGAGGGACAUGUAUAUUUACUAAAUGACAUCCUCAUACUGAAAAUGUACACUAAGUGAAAUAAAAAUCCAUGUAGGAACAGUGAAUUUUAUCCUUUUAGCACAACUAAUACAAAGAUGAUUCACAUUGUUCAAAAUCGACCCUAUAACACUGUUGUAAAACCAGCUAGAGGUUUUUGGGUCCUUUCAGACCUUUGGCAUUCUGUGCCAAACCUCGUUCGCAAAUCCAUUUUCGUCCGCUGAUGGACAGCAGAAAAUGUUGUAGCCAUCCGGACAAUCAGCGUAAAAUAGCAGGUAAAAUAGGGCUCUCUACACAUGAUCUGCGGUACGAGCUGGCAACACUGCAAGGCGGGGCUCAGAGUGCAGCGCAGAGGCACGGGUGCGGCUAAGGUCUCGGUCACCAUCGUUUUCUUGGUCUUCUAUGGUAUUAAACCAAGUAUCUUUGGGUUUGGACUCAACUUGUGCUUUGAAAAAAUUGUGACUGUCCUUUUCUGACAUUUUAUGGAACAAGUGAUUGAUUGAUAAUGAAAGUAAUUGUUAUUUUCCACAUCAGACCCAAUGAUGCACAAUGCCCAGCACAGCUGGGAAGCCCAGCAUCCUCUCUUUCUCCAUUGGUAAACAAGAGUUAACACGGAUAAAAAGCUCUUCUGCUGCCAAUCGUGUGUAGAGGUCCUCAGAAUCAUAGAGCCCCACCCCCUUUCCACCAGUGCUCCAUGGCCAGGCAGCGAAAAGAGAAAAUACAGUACGGAGAUCGAUUUGUACAUCCAAAGAAGCAGGCAGUAGUAGACUAGAAUGCCAGGCCACAGUUCUAGCGGAUCUUCUCUGCGGAUUGGAGGGAAUUCUGGGAAAUGUAGGUAAAUCCCGAAUUGGAGUCGGAAUAGACAAGGUGAGGCAGACUGAAACGCUUCAACAGUGAAUCACUUAGAACGAAAGGCACUGAGCAUCAUUGGUCCAUGCCACAAAAAAAAAAAAAAAAAAAAACUUUGUGAGGGUGUAUGAGUGUGGAUUUUUCCUGUCAAACUUUUUAGCAGCUUCUAAUGGUACUGUAGUGCUAAGCUAAACAGACCCCCCCCCCUCACCAUUUGCCCGGUAAAGCCUUAGCCCUAAUUCCUAGUCUUAUGCCAGAUCCACUGCGUUUCUUUACUGUGUGUUCUAACACGGUAUGAAAUCAGCGUCAAAGGUGUUUAAUAGGAGGAGAAAAAAAACAUCUGGAUUAGGCUCCGUGGUGGUAGAAGAUGUAGACUGACAUACCGAAUAUCCUUUGUGUGGUUUUUUUGUAGAAAUUUGCUCCUCAGUUUCCACAUCAGAUAUAAUAAAUGCUCUCAGUGUGGCAGUGAUACGAUAAUAAGGCUGAUCCUCAGAAGAGUAGCUGACAGAGGAGCGAAAGCAAAACUCCGGUGUCUUCAGAUCUUCACUAGCAGUGCCUCUUUCUCAUCAGAUCAUUUUGACCUUCCUCAGUGAACAUUAUCCCAUCAUUUUAAGGGACUGCCAUUGAGUGUGUGUUGAGCUAAAGAGUUUUCCAUGCAGAUUUUAGAUGUGGGAGUAUGUUUGAUGUGAGUUGCACUUUUUUUCCACUGGACUAAAUGUGCUGUACUCUACCUGUGCUGUUGAAUUCCACUUUUUCCUGCCAUAUUUGUUUCAGAACAUUCAGGGUACAGUUAAACUGCGCUAUUACAGAACCCGUAUGUCUGUUACCCAGGAGUAAGAAGUUAAACAGACAAGAAAGAUUCCCAAGCCAAGAAACCUCCCUAGUCAAUGGGAAAUGAGUUAUUUAGGAGGUAAAAAUGCACGUGGUAUGGGCCCAAAAAAUACAUAUCUGAUUCCAUUUGGUUAUUACAUCCAUUUAUCUAGUUCUCCUAAAACACCAAUGAUAUUGCUAAAAUCUUGGAAGGAUUAAUAAAAGUAAAAAAAAGAUAGCGACAAACGGGCUUCGCAGAGCCACACGCCAUGGAUAUUUAUUCAGCCCCGGCCAUUUCAACGACUUGGCGUCAGCUGUGUAAAAUGAUAUUAGCAAAGCUUUGACAGGAAAAUGUCAAACAUCAACAAAAGCCAUGACGUAUAUUGGUCCGCACUGCGUCUUGACUAAGUUUGCUCAUAAAGACUUGUGACUUGACUACAGACCCCAGCAGAGCUGAAACGAUUAGUAGUUUGACCGAUACGUCGAUCGACAGAAAUAUAGUCAGCGACGCCUUUGAUAAUCAUUUAAGCAAUUUAAAAAAAUUAUAAUAAUCAUUUUGUUGUAGCACUAGACUCGAGAUUUGACUUGGACUUGUCCAAACAAUUUCAAAAAAAUGGGAAGCUCAUCAGCGUAACGACUCCCUGAUUUGCUUCAGACAAACAGCUUUACCUCUUCUAAUGAAUUUUGCGCAGACUACACUCUGUAUGGCACAUACAGAGGUGAGGUGACCUGACCCCCCCAGUCAUCAAAGGCGUUGCACCAAAUCCCCCCCCCCCGAAACUGUCAGUCUUCAGAUUAAAACUAUUGUCAUUAAGACGUGUUCUGAACGAGGGCCCACGCGAUCAUAAGAGAAGACCAAAGGGCUGCCGUAUCAUUUUGAAUCAUCCCCGGUCCAGCGCAGGGUACAGCACAGUUGGUCUGCAGUGGAAAACAAACAGAAACUGUGCUUCCUGCAUCAUUUAUCACCAACACUGAUUAUUUUAUGUGAUCUGUAUUUGACAGAAGAUGAAAUGUCUGUAAAAGAAAGAUUCAUUGAUGAAGGAUGUGGAAAUUGUCAAUUCUAGCCAUCCCACCAGUCCUCACUGGCCCUCUGUCCCUUUAAAAGAAGAAAAAACAAAAAACAAAAACAAACCUUGAACAAAACAAGAGUUUUCUACUGUUGCUAAUCAAAGCCAUUGCAUUUUCAUCAAGAUAUCAACACUGACUUUUAUAUGAGUUCCCUUCUCAAGAGCCAGUCACGUGGACAGGAGAAAAUGUACUGUAGUGGGGGCUAUACAAAGGGUGUACAGACAUGCCAUAUAUAAAUAAAUAAUUUAAUAUCUGUAAUUAUAAAUAUUACAUUGUAUUGAU